AUGAGCGGUCUGGAUUCGGGGUCGUUCAGGCGACCGUUGGAUGCGGACACUGUAGCAACGCGGUUCCUGCACGGGCGGCACAGCGCGAUGCAAUUCGCAGUGAUGCAACUGGGCGUGUGCACGUUCAAGUGGGACGAAGACAGAAGAGAGUUUAUCGUUCACCCGUUCAACUUCAAGGUGUUCCCUCGAUCAGAGAUCCCGGGCUUUAAGGGCGUGCCGGCACACUCCUUCCAGUGUCAGCCGUCCUCAUUGGAGUUCCUGGCAGCACACCACCUCGACUUCAACUCCUGGGUGCAGCACGGAAUCUCGUACCUGUCCUACGAGCAAGAGGAAGCCGCAUGGAAGUUUCUCGACAUCCCUCCCCCACCAGCAACAGCCCGACAAUCACAUGCAAUGCCGACGUGGAACAGCCAACAAGGCAGUGCUGACGUGGCACAGCCCACCAACACCACCACCACCGCUACCACCACCACCACCACCACCGCCAGCAGCAGGUACAGCUGGCGGGACAGCAGCAACAGUAGCGACUCGUCAAGCCCGCCAUUCCCCGGCGUGCAGUUUGCAGUGAAGAGCCUGGCUCGCGUUGACCUGUGGCUCGCACAACUCCGAUCAGCACAGGAGGCGCAGGAGGUGCAGCAGAAGCUGAAGGAGCAGUUAUUGGCAAGGGGAGUCGCGAUUGGUGUGCGUGGGGAGGGUGCAGAGGAAGCUGCAGGGGAGGUUGCGGUCGGGGGUGUGGGAGGGGAUGGCAGCAGCAGCAGUGGUUUACAGCCUGCGUUAGCAGCAGUGGUUGGGAAGAGGCCGUGGCUCUCUCUUCGAAUCAACGAUGCCUUCAACUGCCACGCUGCCGAUCAGAAGCGGCUGCUCGAGCUGCGGCAGGCGGGAGCAGCUGCAGUGGUGCGCAGAGCAGUGGGGGUGAGGCGCGUGGUGGAUGCCGUGUCUCUGGCAUGCCAGAAUAAGCCGCUGGUGGCUCACUCCUGCUUCCUUGACCUCGCCCACAUUCUUCACAAGUUUGUGGGCCAUGUUCCGCCCUCCCCCUCGCUCUUCUCUCGGGAGGUCACACGGCUCUUCCCUGCUCUCUUCGACACCAGCUGCCUCGCUGCUGCCUCACUUCUAGCACAGGAAGCUGCCAGCACCAACAGACGGGUGUCGCUGGGCGCUCUGUAUGAUACUUCCAGGAACCUUCUGUUUGUGGAUGGGGCGCCCAUGCGAGUGCGGUUCAGUCACGAGGCUGCCAGAUACUCCUCAUCCAACGGCCAGGGUCCAAGGCACGAGGCAGCAUACGAUGCGUUUAUGACUGGAAUGGUGUUCGCCCAAGCCUGCCACCGCCUCGGUCUUCCCCCCCACUGCCUCUCCUCCCUCCCCCCUGCUGCUUCUGCCACUGCUGCGGCUGCUAGGGAGGAGGGAGGCAAGGGGGCACGGGACAUUCACCUGGACCUUGCCACGGGGCACGCUGCCAUUGGCUCCCGUGCUUCCCCCUUCCUCGCCUCCCUUGACACUCUCCUGCCCCGACCCCCUUCUUCCUUCACCAACACCAGCACCAUCACUCACAGCAGCAGCAGCAGCAGCAGCAGCAGCAGCAGCAGCAGCGGCACCGCUACCCCCAGCAGCAGCAGCAGCAGCAGCAACAGCACCAGCAGCAGGGAGGAGGAGGACCGUUCCAACGUGCUCUUCCUGUGGGGCCUACCCGCCUCCCUCCCCCACCAGCGCCUGCGCUUCCUCCUGCGGGGAGCCCUGGGCCGCAACGCACCCCUGGAGCUCGAACCAGUUGAUAGUGGCGCUGCUUUGGUGCGGUUUGGGAGCGGCAAGGAGAGGGACGUAGAGAAUCUGGGUAAGGUGAUGGAGAGUUUGGGGCGAGCACUUUUGGGAGGAGCGGGGUAUGGGAGAGGUGGUGGUGGCGGCGGCGGUGGCGGCGGUGGUGGCGGUGGGAGGAUGGGAGUUGGAGGGGAGAGGUUGGGAGAGAGGGAAGCGGUUGCGAGGGAAAUGGUUUCGCUUGGGAUUCGUGCCGCCCCGUUCUCUGCGUUUGUCACCUUGUGCGAGUCUACUGUUCCGUUUUUGUCCGCGAGUGAGGGCGCGGAUGUGCUCAGGUUGGAGGAGUAUCUUGUGUCUGCCGCCCAGAGAUCCCCGACUAGUGCACCUUCUGCCAAAUUCAGCCGACCCAGCAGGAAAGAAGGGCGGGGAGCAAGAGAGUGUGCCAAGGUGUUGGGACUGACGCCUGUCAAAUCCGUCCCGACUGUCGCCGCUAAAGAAAGCGCUCUCCCAUCAUUCAAUGGACUCAAGGCCUCUAAAACGCGCAAGUCUGCCGCGAAGCAGAAGCUCAAGGGGACCGCUAGGGCCGCUCCCGCGCCUGCAUCGCAUCCCUCUACCGCGGUUCGCGCCGCUAUUGCCGAGGACAUCAACACGGACUUCGAGGUGGCAGACAUGACGAUGCCGCAGGGCGGCAGCUGGUCCGUGCACAAGUUCGGUGGCACGUGCGUGGGAUCCGCCGAGCGAAUCCUCAACGUCGCACGCAUCGUCGCCAGCGACCCCGCGGAGCGUCGCUUCGUCGUCGUGUCGGCCAUGGGCGGCACUCCCAAGGUCACCAACAUUCUGUACUCGUUAUUGGACAAGGCGGCCGCGAAGGACGUUAGCGGGUGGGCGGAGCUUAUAGCGCAGCUGCGCGAGAAGCACCGCGCGGCGGCGGCGGAGCUGCUGGGGGAGGAGGACGCGGAGGCGAAGAAGAUCAUGGAGCGCAUCGACGAGGACCUGAUCAACCUUAAAGCCAUGCUCAAAGCCAUCUCCAUCGCGGGCAGCUCCACGGAGAUUUUCACAGACUUCAUUGUGGGGCACGGCGAGCUGUGGUCCGCCAUGAUCCUCGCCGCCACGGUGCAGAAGGUGACGGGCAAGAAGGUGGCGUUCAUGGAUGCGCGCGACGUGCUCGUGGUGCACCCAGCGGAGGGCGGCAAUCAGGUUGAUCCCAACUACGAGCGCUGUGAGGAGAACCUGCACGCGUGGUACGCUGCUCGUGGCGACGACGGGCACUACGAGGGCGGGGGCCCAGACCUGGUGGUGGCGACGGGGUUCAUUGCGCGCACAGAGGACGGGGUGCCCACCACGCUCAAGAGGGACGGCAGCGACCUCUCUGCUGCCAUCUUUGGGUCGCUGCUGCGCGCUGGGCGGGUGAUCAUCUGGACGGACGUGGACGGGGUUUACUCGGCUGACCCCCGGAGAGUGCCGGAUGCUGUUAUUCUCAAGAAUCUCUCGUAUCAAGAGGCAUGGGAGCUGUCCUACUUCGGAGCCAACGUGCUGCACCCGCGCACCACCCUCCCAGUGAUGAAGUACGCCAUCCCCAUGUUCAUCCGCAACGCAUUCAACCCCACGGCGCCCGGCACGCGCAUCGGCCGCUCCCACGACUCCUUCUCCGACGAGGAGCACGAGGCGGCUCACAACGAGCUGCUGGAGGAGGGGUCGGACCCCCUGGACGCUGUUGUGAAGGGAUUUGCUACUAUUGACAACGUGGCACUCGUCAACGUUGCUGGCACGGGCAUGGCAGGAGUCCCCGGUAUCGCAAGUCAGAUCUUCAGUGCAGUCAAGAACGUGGGGGCCAACGUCAUCGCCAUCUCGCAGGCCUCCUCCGAGCACUCCGUGUGCUUCGCCGUGCCCGAGGCCGAAGCCGACAUGGUGGCCGCCGCCCUGCGCACCACCUUCCGCCGCGCAAUCGAAACAAAUCGCGUGCACGACAUCGAGGUCAUCCCGCACUGCACAGUCCUGGCAGCCGUCGGGCAGCGCAUGGCCAGCACUCCGGGCGUCUCGGCUGCUCUCUUCGCCGCGCUGGCCAAAGCGCGGGUGAACGUGCGUGCGAUCGCACAGGGAUGCUCCGAGUAUAAUAUCACAGUGGUGGUGGAUAGGAGUGACGCGCCGGCUGCUCUGCGGGCGGCGCACGGGCGGUUCUACCACUCGCAGACGCCGCUGGCGGUGGCGCUGGUUGGCCCGGGGCUGAUUGGCGGCACGCUGCUGGAUCAGAUCAGGGACCAGAGGGCGAGUCUGAAGAAGGAGUUCAAUAUUGACAUGCGCGUGGUGGGGAUCAUUGGGGCGAAUAAGAUGCUCAUUGAUAACAGGGGCGUGCACCUGAGCAACUGGCGCGAGGAGCUGGCGGAGAGAGGGGAGGCGGCGGACAUGGUGGCAUUCGAGGCCUCUCUGAUGGACGGGCACCACGGGCUGCCCAACACGGUGGUGGUGGACUGCACUGCCAGCAGCGACGUGGCGGACAAAUACCCCACGUGGUUGGCUGAGGGGCUCCACGUGGUCACCCCCAACAAGAAGGCCAAUUCCGGGCCUCUUAAAGAGUAUCUCAAGAUCCGUCAGCUGCAGCGCGAGCUCUGCACGCACUACCUGUACGAGGCCACCGUGGGAGCCGGGCUGCCCAUUGUAGCGACGCUCAAGGGGCUGCUGGACACGGGCGACCACAUCCACCGCAUCGAAGGCAUUUUCAGUGGCACGCUGAGCUACAUCUUCAACAACUUCGACGGUAGCAAGCCCUUCUCGCAGAUCGUGGCAGAGGCGCGCGCCAAUGGGUUCACUGAGCCUGACCCCCGGGACGACCUGGAGGGCAUGGAUGUGGCGAGGAAGGUGGUCAUCUUGGCUCGGGAGUGUGGUCUUCGCCUCGAGCUCGACCAAGUACCCGUGCAAAGCCUUGUGCCAGAGGCUCUCCAGCACGUGGCGAGUGUGGACGAGUUCAUGCAGCGGCUGCCUGAGUUCGACGAUGAGAUGGAGGUCAAGAGAAAGGCGGCCGAGGAGACAGGCGAGGUGCUGCGUUAUGUAGGCGUGGUGGACAUGGACAAGAGGGAGGGCCGUGUGGAGCUGCGCCAGUACCCGCGCACGCACGCCUUCACACAGCUAGUGGGCUCAGACAACAUCAUCUCCUUCGUCACCUACCGCUACAACGUGCAGCCCCUCAUUGUGCGCGGCCCUGGUGCCGGCGCUGAGGUCACUGCCGGGGGUGUGUUCAGCGACCUUCUGCGCCUUGCUGCCUUCCUCGGCGCCCCUUCAUAA